AUGAAAGGCAGCAAUAGGAAUAAAGAUCAUUCAACAGACGGAGAGGGUACUGGGAAACGACCAAAGAGAAAGUGUCUUCAGUGGCAUCCACUACUUGCAAAGAAAAUCCUUGACUUUUCAGAAGAAGAGGAGGAGGAAGAGGACGAAGAAGAUAUUGAUAAGGUGAACCUAGGGUGUCAAAAAGUAGAGCUUUAGUAUGAUAUAUGUUGGAGAUUUGUUGCCUGUGCAAGCCUUCUAAAACCCAUUUGGAAAUCAAAUUCAUAGGUUUUUUAAAUAUCACUCAGCAUGACUAUUGUGGUUUGCCCCCAUUCAUAUUGAGUAAUAUCUAAAAAGAGUAUCUUUUCCAAAUGUUAGACGAGCCCCACACUGUAUCAUGACCCUAGGUCCAUGUAGUCUAGCAUCUUUUUCCCAACCCUGUGUGCCCACAGAGUAGCUCAUGAAUGAAUCAACUCUAUCCCAUUUAGCCAUCCAGAAGUUGGUAUGCAGAUACAGAGGUCUUCUGAAUACAGAGAUUUUGAGCUAUCAUGGGUAAUAGCUACGGAUAGGACUAUUGUCCAUGAAUUUGUUUAAUCAUUUAGUAGCCAUUGCCACAUUCAGCAAAUUCCGAAAGUUAAUUAUUUGUUGUGGAAAUUAUCAUAAAUUACAUUAUUUUUCAUAAUAAUUCCUUUUAAAAAAAAAAAAAUCCCACCCAAGGCAACUUAAUAAACUUUAAAAUAAUUAACUUUAAAAUAAAACCAUUUAAUACCCCAUAUUUAAAACACAUUGGGGUAGUAAAUAUCUCUUUUGCCCAUCCACUAAAACAAGUGGGCAUGCUUCCAUCAACAAAAUUGUUCAGUGCAACAAUUUAAAGCACAAACCAGUGCAGAACCUUAAAACCAUUCAGAUCACAAAAGCAUUUUAAACAGGAAGACUUUAUCUACCUGGUUAAAGGUAAAGGGACCGACCCCUGACCAUUAGGUCCAGUCGUGGCCGACUCUGGGGUUGCGGUGCUCAUCUUGCUUUAUUGGCCAAGGGAGCCGGCGUACAGCUUCCGGGUCAUGUGGCCAGCAUGACUAAGCCAGUUCUGGCAAACCAGAGCAGCGCACGGAAACGCCGUUUACCUUCCCACCGGAGAUAAAUCACCUAUUUAUCUACUUGCACUUUGACGUGCUUUCGAACUGCUAGGUUGGCAGGAGCUGGGACUGAGCAACGGGGACUCACCCCGUUGCGGGGAUUCGAACUGCCAACCUUCUGAUCGGCAAGUCCUAGGCUCUGUGGUUUAACCCACAGCGCCACCUGCGUCCCUAUCUACCUAUCUACCUGGUUAGAAGACCAUUAAUGAGGGGGCAAGACAAGCCUGCCUUGGGAGGAAGUCCCAUAGUCUGGGCACAGCAAGAUAGAUUUCUGUCGAACCUCACUUCAGUCUCUGAGUGGAAUCUGUUUUUCAUCCCACAAAGUGUAAAUGCAAAGCUAAUGUAAUAUUAUUUGCUCAGACAUUUUGCUGAAUUGAUUGCUUCACUGCAGGGGAUUUGCAGGUUUUUAACACAGAAUAUUAAGUUAGAUGUUGGAGCGAAUAACUAAUAGACACGAGAAAUAUCCAUUACAUCUGUAGAAUUUAUAUUUGUAAAAUAGGUCCAUCUUCUUGGUGCUGAUGGUCUUGAGCACGAUGCUGACGAAACAGAAGAUGAGGAAUCUUCAGAGCAACGAGCUCGCAGGCCGAUGAAUGCAUUCCUUCUGUUCUGCAAACGCCACCGUUCCCUUGUGCGGCAAGAACACCCCCGUCUGGACAAUCGUGGUGCUACCAAGAUCCUGGCGGAUUGGUGGUCUGUUCUAGACCCUAAAGAAAAGCAGAAAUACACCGACAUGGCCAAGGAGGUACCCAGUGACAUUAUAAUAAUAAUAAUAAUAAUAAAUUAUUUAUAUCCCGCCCUCCCCAGCCGAAGCCGGGCUCAGGGCGGCUAACAACACUAAAAUAGUGCAACAUUAUAAAAACAUUAUAAAAAUUAAUUAAAAUCAAAAUUGAUGGCAACCAUAAACUAAAGUUUUGUAAAGAUUGCCAAAGGAGGGAGUCAGGCUAUGCCCUGACCAAAGGCCACAUGUUUAAAUGGUGAACAUUUGAAAAACAGCAUCAUACUUAAAAUCCCUUCCUCCCCCAGUCUGUGUCAAGUUUUGCAAGGGAGAGGAUUAAACAAGAAUUCAAGAAGGAAAGGAGCUUCGUGACCAAGCUAAACAGUUCAGUUUAUACAUUUCAUACAGUGUUUUUUAAAUCGUGUUACUGUGACCUGAAGUACCUGAUUCAAAAAAGCAGGAUUACUAAAUAUACAAUUUUUUUGGUCUGGAUACCCUCCUUUUACAGAGGCCCAUUCCCAUUUUAAAACCCAAAAGAAAUACCUGUUUUACUUUCUAAUAUUUCCCUUUCCAAAUUACUGCUACUGAAACAGACCCAAAGGGUAGAUUUAUUUUAAUUAAGGGUUUUCUUGACGACUAGCUAUUUGCUGGUGAUAUGCUUUGAAUUCUAAUCAGACUUAUUUUAUUAAAAAAAAAAAAAUACCUCGCAACAACUUGAGAUGUUAGAAGAGCAUACUUUUUUUAACUAAUGCCGAUGUUAACUAUUUAAUUUAUCAAUAAUUUGAUAACCUAGACUACCAUAACACCUGAUUUGGCUCUCUAAACACUAACGCUCAUUGGCUACAUUCAAAUGAAGGGAAACUACUGCAUAUCGACCUGAGCAAGUUGUGCUUCCUUUUUCUGGUUAAUUGGCUGUAACUUUUGAUAGAAUACAGAUAAUUGAACUAUCUUUGUUGCAUUACAUUCUUCAUUAAAUUUUCUUUCCAUUGAUAUAUAAUUUCAUGGUAUUACUCCAAUAAAAGUGGAGUUGUGAGCCAUCAAACCUCAGAAAUACACUUUUUCCAAAAGGUUUUCACAAUUUUGGCCACUAGUGUACCUUCACUGUCAGAGGCAGUAUGUUUCUGAAUGCUAGUUCCUGGGAAUCACAGGUUGAGAUUGUGCGGUUGCUUUCAAGGCUCGCUUUUGGGCUUCCCAUAGUUGACUGCUGUGAAACAAAUGCUCGAACUCCAGUAAGGAAUGAUCUCCCUGCAGAAUUUAUAAAACUUAUAUUUAUAAAAUUCUGCUGCAGGGAAACUCUCCUAAAUUAAUCUAUAAAGGCAGCAGAUAAGAUCCAAAAUACAGCAUGCCUUGAUAAAUAAUAAGUCUUUCACCAUGCAACUGAAGUUCAGUUCAGGGAAAGCUUCUUGGGGACAGUGUAUCAUACCUGGUGUGAUACAAUCAAAAGCCCUCUUUAUAUUUAUUCCGAAUCACCCCGUAGUGGAUAAUGUCUUUAGAUAUUCUUCUUUAUUGAUUCAGAAUAACAAAAAUAGUUUUCAUUUGGUUUUUUUCAAUACUGAAAUUAGGGACAUUAUUUCAGCUGGUAGUAAAAAAAAACACAACAGUAAUAAUAAUGGAAUCCAGUAGUGAUCUGGAAAAUUGGAGAGUUGAAUUUAUACGACAAAAAUGUCUUUUGGGAUUUUUAACUUCCCCUUGAACCUUUGUCAGUGGGGAAGAAGAACAACUGCAUAACACUCCUGUGAAAAGUGACAAUUAGAAACUUCUAACAAUAGUGUGUUGAAAACUGCUAUGCCUGCGGCGAUAUGAUUCACACAAACCCUCCCUCCCAGGCUUGGUUCUGAAAGCUAGUCUCGCAUUUCUCUAUUGAAAAGGAACAAUAUAGCCAAGUGUGUUCAGCUCAGUAACAUUCAUUCCAAGAAUGUGUAUGAGACGUGCAAUUAAGCAUAUAAUUUUUAUUCUUUCUGUAGUUUAGCUGUGCAAUAGCAGUAAUUAUGAACAAAAACUUGCCACUGGGUCCUCUUAACAAUUUUUUCCUGGUAAAGCAUUGAUGAAAAUACAUACAGGAGAGAGAGGGUUUUCUUUUUAAUUGCAUUUUAAAAAUUGUAGUUAUAAUUUGGCUUCAUUAUGAACACUACCCAGACAUAAUGCACAGCUUAGAACAGUGGCCAUACAUUGUGUCUCUUGGAGCUAGCCCUCAGGUUCAACAAGGCUAUUUAAAAAAAAAGAUCUUGGAGCAAGCCCAAACUUGUCAGAUCUGGUCUACACCUAGCUCUCUAUAUUGCGACCAUUUUUUUUAGUAUGGGCGAGUGAUACAAAUAUUUAUACCUUGUAAGAGUAAUUAGGGAAACCUGACAAUUUCAAUUUCAUUAGCUGAAUGGUCUGAAAUUUAGAAGCACACAAAGGCUUAAGUUGUUCUUCUACCCAAAAUAUAUUGGAUAGGGCUCAGUGCUUUCAACUCAAACUAGACAUACUGUAAAUGCAGUAGGCUAUCUUUGUGAUCACAUAGCACAACAUUGAGAAACCUUAAUCAGGGACAUAAGAAGAGCCCGCUGGAUCAGGCCAGUGGCCCACCUAAUUCAGCAUCCUGAACUUGCAGUAGCCAAGAGCUGUGGGAAACUUACAAGCAGGAUCCGAGAACAAGAGGAAUCUUCCCUCUAAACCACCCCCCCUUCAAUUAAAAUUUGUCAGUCUUGGUCAUAUUUCCUGGUGAUAUUACCAAGAUUUCCUAGUCUUCAGGUUGAGACGAAAUUUUUCAUUUAUUUGUUAAGAAAUGAACAUUCUUUUUUAAAAAAAUUGUUGGUAUAGUGCAGGUGGUUGAGAAAAAUAGUUGAGCCGAGGACUUCCGGGGUGGCGCCAUCGGCAAUGGCGGAUUCCCUCUGAACUGGAGGGACCAGCUCCACGGGAAUCGGGUCUUUUCCGCUACGGAGAAGCGGGGACCCAUUCAAAAAUCACAGGCGGAUGAAGCCUGUGACCAUGGGACUCGGCGGGCACCCUUAGCGCCCCCCCAACCCGCAAAAGAACCCAUUAACGGGCUCCGGAGCGAAGAGGGGGAAGUGGCGCGGUGCUGAGAGUCAACUGCUUCUUCCGUGGAGCGAAGCCGCACAGCCGUUGCCGGAGAGUGCUGCCUUUUUCCUGGGACAAUCUGGCUUCUAAAAUAAUCACCCGUGAGUACCUAAACUCGGACAAUUGGACUCUAAAUAAGGACUUGUGAGCAGAAAGGAAAAUUGGACUUAAAAGUUUACCUUAAUUUGGCGCUGAAACGGGAAGGUCUAAACAGGAAGUCAGCCUUCCGUUUCUUUGUAGAUAGAUUAAAGCAAAGACAUGGCAAACUAGAGCUCAGAAAAUCGCCUGUAAAAGAUUAACUUUCAUCAUUUAAAAUUGUUGAACCCCCUUCGGAAGCAGGAGAAGAGGGGGGAAUUUUACGGACUGUUUAAACCUGCAGAAGUGAGGGUAAAGUAAAGUAACUUUCCACCGUCCUGAUCCUGGAGCGGGGUGUUAGGACUGACGUUUUUCGAAGCUCAUUGACCAGAGACAAUGUUUUUGACAGAUAGCUAUAAGAAGAGAAACAUUGACUCCAUUGUUCCCCUUUGCUUCUUAAAGGAACAAAUAUUGACAAAAUAUCUGAAAAAGGAAACUUUGUUGCUAGACUUGUCUUUAAAAGAAAGAACAAAUAGAAGUUUCCCCCCUAGAGGGAGACUGUGAAACUGUAACCAACUCCGGGGAGCUUGCAGCUGUUACAGAUUACAAUCGUGGGAAUAGACAUCUGACCUUGCAGGACAAUGUAUUCAGAAGCUCUGUUGUGUGCUUUCUAUAAAACAAAUGCCCUACUGGAACAGCUACAUGAGAAGACGAAUUUGAUGGCUGAUUCAAUUAGAAAUUCUGAACAGGCAGUGGGAAAUUUUGAACAGGCAGUGGGAAAAUAUGUGGAGCCUACCCAGGAAUUAAAUCAGGAGUGUGCCCUGACAGAACAGGCCCAACAGGAAUAUGAACUUUCGUAUUUGACAAAUGAACUUGGAAAAAGCCAGAUUUGGAAAGAAAAAGUUUGGUUUGGUUUGGAAAUGGGGGGCUGGAUAGACCCCCCUAUGCAGGGAUGUUUGGACUUUUCAAGUCUGGCAAUGGGCCGUGAGAUGUUUGGGAUUGUGGUGGCUCCUAAUUUUGGAGGGAUUUUGAAACAUGUUCUUAAAUACCACAUGGAAUUUAGUGUCGAUUAUGGAAAAGGGGCUGAUCUGUCGAGAAGGGUCAAAAAUAUUGUUAAGCUGGAGUUCCCACGAGUGAAACGAACAGGAGACAAGGGAAAAUACAGUUACAAAUCUGAAGAAGAGCUGCGGAAGGGACAUGGAAGAGACUUAAGGGCCUCGGAUAUAAGGUUACCAGGUUAAUGCGCUAGAUCGAUGGGAUAAUAAGGACUGACAAAACCCGGGACCAGGAGGAAGGGACGCUGGAUGAAGAUUGGAUUGUUUUUAUUUCUUUUUUACUACUAGGAUUGUUUUAUAAAAUUGAUGAAUGUUAGAAAAAUGUUGGAAUGAAAUUACUUGGCUUUAGUUAAAAUGUUUAAAGAAUUAUGUAAGAAUAUUAUGGUUAUGAGAAGUUGGUAAAAAUAAGAUUUAAGUUUUAAGUUUCAAUGUUUUUUAUAGUAAGAUAAGAUUAAAAUAGUUUAAGGUAAUGUAAUGACAGAAUAUUAUGAAAUAUGGAAAGGAUUUGCUGCGACAAUUAACAACUAGGAUACAAAAAAAGGGGGGAGGAGGAGGUCAAAGAAAGAAGGUAAUGACAGUUGAGGAUUUGGGAAUAAUGGAUUUGAUUUUAAAUGUUUUUAAAUGUUUGUGGUGUAUUUUUGUUUUUGUUUUUUUUGAAUUUGUAUUGUUGGAUGUGGUUUGUUUUUUUUCUUUGUUCUUUUCCCCCCCUUUUUCUACUUUGUUUUCUUUUGUAACUUUAAAAAAAAAAUUUCCAAUAAAUAUCAUUUAAAAAAAAGAGAGAGAGAAAUAGUUGAGCCAUUGAUGCUUUGAGAAAUGUUUUUAUGGAGUAGCUUGGCAAUCUGAGAUUAUCCAUAAACUCAUAUUUUAUAAUACAGGUUUUAUAGCUUUUCUGAUGACAAACAUAAGCAAUGAGUGCAACCCUGUGCACAUUCCUAUGGGAGUAGCCCCCUUUUGACUUGAAUCAAAAUAAACAUUCAAAUUGUUGUGUAUUGCAUAUCCUAAAACCAGUACUUUGUAAACCACUUAGAAGGGUUUUGUUUUGACAAUUGCCGUAUUUUUUGCUCCAUAAGACGCACCUAGUUUUUAGAAGAGGAAAGCAAGAAAAAAAAUACAGAGCAUGCGAGGGACAAUAUCCCCCUCCGUGCUGGCUCCUGGCUGAUCUCAUGCAAGUCACAGAGCCCGUCGGACAGAGGGAACUCUAAAUAGGUUGUUCUAAAGCCCUCUUCCCCCGCCUCGCCUCUCCCCACCUGCUUGCGCGGGCGCCGCCAUUAGGACACUCGCACGGGUGGCGUGCCACGCCCCCCUCACUCCAGAAACCAAAGCCCCCAGCUCCGCCGCUGCCAGGGACCACACAUUCACUCCAUAAGACGCAGAGACAUUUCCUCUUACUUUUUAGGAGGAAAAAAGUGUGUCUUAUGGAGCGAAAAAUACGGUAAGUGGUGUAUAAAUGUUAUGAAACAAAUAAUUAAGAAUACUAAGUUGUUACAUUUCCCCAAGGUUUUCUACAAAACUGUGCUGUCCCUUGACACAUUUUUUUUCCUUUCCUCUUCAUAGUACAAGGAUGCAUUUAUGAAAGCAAAUCCUGGCUACAAGUGGUGCCCACCUACAAAUAAACCUGUGAAAACCCAGUCAUCUACUGUUACUAACCGGAAAAAGCUGUGGGCUUUCCCAUCAGAACCUGCAAAAGAUUUGCCAAGUCCAAAAAAGUUAGUGAAGACAGAAGAAAUGCCUCAGCUGAAUUUCGCAAUGGCAGGUUCGUUCGAGAUCUCUGUUGACAUCAAGUCCCAAGUCUCUGGCCUACAGUAUGUGACUGAAUCAGGCCUAGAAGUCAGAGGUUUCAACUAGAUUGUACUGUAUUUCAUUAGAGUCAAUGGGAAUAUUUGUUUUAUUAUAAUCAUGUACAGUGGAACCUUGGUUUUCGAGCAUCCCGGAAGCUGAACAAUUCAGAACCCUAACACUGAAAACACAGAAGUAAUUGCUUCCAUUUUCAAAUGCACCUCGGAAGUCAUUUUUUUCAAUGGAAUUUGCCAACCACCCAUUGAUCCUCGGUUUUCGAAUGAUUUGGAAGUUGGAACAGUCUUCCAGAACGGAUUACAUUCGAAAACCCGAGGUUCCACUGUGUUAUUAAAAUGGGUUGAUUCCUGCAAUCAUUUUGUAAUAGGAUGCUAUAGGGUUGUAGAUAUCUUUGAAGCUGUUACUCUUUUGUAAAACAUGCCUUCUAUAUAUUUUAAUGAGUUAUAAAAUAUAUAGUCAGUGGAGCCCCUCAUUCUAGUAAUGACUUCAACAUUUGAUCCUGUUAUGGUACAUUUGAACCUCUUAUGGUACAAUGUUCACACAGUACAAAAUACACAGUCCCUGUUGUGACUGCCUUCCUGGCUAUGGGAUGGAUACAAACAGAAUUAGUCAUGACUUUAAGUCCCAUGAUUUCAGAACUGACUGUGACUAAUUACUCAGUGGAUCCAACGCUGUGUAUACAUGUAUAGAUAGUACCUGUCGCAUUUUCCUGCAUGAUCAUAGAUGGAUCAUAUUGCUGCAACUCUUCCUACCUAGGGCUCUUUUAAGCUACUUAAAUCAGCUUAAGUUAGAUGUUUUGAGCAAAAAAUUAUACAUGAGACAUUUCUUGUGUCUUUAAUAAGUAAUUUCCAAAUACUGAAAAUAUGUUUAACUUCCAAUAGCUGCAUAGGUAGCGGCACUGGGCAUAAAUCAUGUUUUGCUUCACUGUUAAUAUCGAAUGGAUCUCGGGAAGUGAAAGACUCACGAUGAGUCUAACCAAAUACAAGUUACAAUCCAUUUGAAAACACAGUCCAUUGUGAUUGGAGGGAAGGUGUAUUUUUGAGUGGCAGGAUCUAAAGAUACAUGUUGCAGGUGAUGGUGUGCAAGACUCUGCUUCAGCCGAGAAAGCGGGGGUGGAGCAAUGCCUUUUUCAGGCAUUCUAUCUUAAUUUCAUGGGGCUAGAAAGUGGAGCCGUGUGCCCACUAUCACAUGCCCACCAGCCCUUUCCUCCUCCUCCGCAUUGGCGGAGACAUCUGAGGGGAGCAUGCUAAUUGCAUGGGGUUCUAAACAGGGAAACCUAUAUUAGUUUUCAUUGAGUCCCAUUGUCAAACUUCCCUUCCCAACAUGGGGGAGAGAGAGACUUGAGUGUGAUCCCGUGCAAUCCCAUAGUCUUACUUCAAAUAGAAAUCAUAGAAUUGUAGAGUUGGGAGAAACCACUUGGGUCAUCUAGUCCAACCCCCUGCAAUGCAGGAAUUUUUUGCCCAAUGUGAAGCUCAAACCCACAACUCUGAGAUUAAGAGUUUCAUGCUGUACCAACUGACAGUUGUAUGCAGGAGGGUGUAUAUUGUGUAUAUUGUCUGCACUUUAUUGUAACACUUAAAAGUUACCAGCACUAGACUGAGAUUUUCUGAAAAGAGUGACUUUAUGAAUAGCUUAUCAUGAUAUUAUCAAGACUUCCUUCCCACUCCAUUUUUUUAAAAGAUAUAUAUUGGAGGGGGGAGGGUUGAUUCCUUUUAAGUAGUCUUUCUUAAAAGAUGUAAUCUUUAUAGUUGCUUUCAGUGCUGUGGCUCAGUAUGUUUAAGACCCGCUCAAGCUGGCUCCAAAAUAAAACAUUUUUAUCAAUAUAUUUUUAUUCUCUGAUAGAUCCUACACAAAUGGGAGGCCUCAGUAUGCUACUGUUAGCAGGAGAACAUGCCUUGACUGCACAAGAGGUAAGCAGCUAUCUUGUCUGCUUCAUCCUUUCAUUAAUGCAAUGCAUGUUUGACAGAUAUGUAUAGUAAUGUAACUUCUGCUGACAACUAUUUGAUAGGUUUUGUAUCUGCAGUCAGUGACACAGUUUUGCCAUUCUGUAGCUAUAGAACCUAAUCAUUUGUGCCAGUUGUACAAUGUGAAACACUUUGGUGUCAAGUACAGUGGUACCUCCAGUUGUGGACAGGAUCCGUUCCGGAGCUCCGGUCGGAUUCUGAGGUUUCCGCAACUGGAGGUGCCUGUUCUACGCGCGGCGCGAUAGAGCACUACUGUGCAUGUGUGCAUGCGAAACCCAGAAAUAAACUUCCGGGUUUGCCGCGUGUGUAUCCCGAAGGAUACGUAACAAGAGGGGCACGUAAGCAGAGGUACCACUGUAUUGCAGAAUCAAGUCCUUUAUAGCUAAAGAGUUUCUAGUAAAGAGGAACUAUAAUCAAGAGGAUGUAUCUUGAGUCAAACUGUCUGUGAAUGUAAACAGUUCUGUGAACUUAGAAGUCCCACCCUUGAGAGCAAAAUCCAUUUACCGUAUUUUUUGCUCUAUAAGAGUCACUUUUUCCCUCCUAAAAAGUAAGGGGAAAUGUGUGUGCGUCUUAUGGAGCGAAUGCAGGCUGCACAGCUAUCACAGAAGCCAGAACAGCAAGAGGGGUUGCUGCUUUCACUGUGCAGCGAUCCCUCUUGCUGUUCUGGUUUCUGAGAUUCAGAAUAUUUUUUUUUCUUGUUUUCCUCCUCCAAAAACUAGGUGCGUCUUGUGGUCUGGUGCGUCUUAUAGAGCGAAAAAUACGGUACAUUGUAUAUCGUCUGAUACAUAUUUGUCCUUCUGCCAUUUAUAAUUUGAAUACCAUAGAGCAGUGAUGGCAAACCUUUUAGAGAUUGAGUGCCCAAACUGCUACUCAAAACCCACUUACCGCAAAGUGCCAACACGGCAAUUUAACCGUAUAUCUCAUUUUUUCUGUGUGUUUCACGUUUCUUCUUUAUGACUGCUGUUGUAAUAAAUAAUCCUUCAUAAAAGUUACUGCAUUAAAUUAUCUUUCUAUUGAUGUAUAAUUCUGUGGUAUAACUCAGUGCUUUUUUCAAAAAGUAUGUUUAGGGGUACACUCAGUUUUACUCAAGAAAAAUCACCACCGGGGGAAAAAUAAAUACAGUUCAAAUUGGGGAAAAUAAAUACAGUGAAAUUCAUCUACCGUUAAAUUCACAAAAUGUUCAGAGGUAUGCGUCCCUUUGCGUCCCCACAGAAAAAAAGCACUGGUAUUACUCCAGAGCAAAGUGGUGUUAUGAGCCAUCAAACCUUGGAAAUACAGAAGGUUUCACAAUUUUGGCCACUAGUGCACACUGGAGGGCUGUACUAAGAGCCACCCUCUCCCAAUCUUUAAUAUAAGAUAAUAAUGAUUGUCUGCGUGCGCACAUACAAAUAUAUAUAAAUAAAUAAACCCAGCCAAAUGGGUGGGGUAUAAAUUUAUUAUUAUUAUUAUUAUUAUUAUUAUUAUUAUUAGCUAUUUUUUUGGCUGCCGUUUGAUGGCUUACCCCAUGGAAUGAAUUUUUCUGUUGGCUUCUGCAGGAAAGCCCAGAGAACAUGUAAACCCAGCAGCCCCUUCUUACGUUGCCGUCUUGAUAUGCUUACUGAUCUGGGAGUUAAGCCCUGCUGAACUCAAGGCAGCUUACUCCUGAGUUGGAAAAAACAGACUGGCAGAAAUCAAUGCCUGCUCAGCCCCUCGUUUGCUUGCCAGACCCUGGUGCCGCAGGCUUUGGACGGCACAUGCAAGCCCCCCCCCCCGGCAUGAAAGCUACUGCCCUGCUGGGGCAAUGGCAUGCGUGCCCACAGAGAGGGCUCUGAGUGCCCUUCUGGCAUGCGUGCCAAACGUUCGCUACCACUGCCAUAGAAUAUUUAGAAUAAUGUGGCGGAAUAUUUGGUAGUGUUAUUUUAAAUGCAAAAAGCAUUUAAAAAUAUAGUUUUGUUGUUGUUUAGUAGUUCAGUCGUGUCCGACUCUUUGUGACCCCAUGUAAAAUAUAGUUUACAUGCUAUUAAAUGCUGUUAGAUCCCACUUUCCUAAUCAACACAAGUAACUCAAAGCUACUUAAAAUACCGUUGUAACAAAUAAUUUUAAAUAUACUAUCUCAGUAAUAUUUACUUGACUGCUGCUAAGGUGUUGUAUCAUUACCGUAUCUCCCAUUUUACAAGUGCGGGUUGGGACAUUGCCUAUACGGCAGCACACUUGAGCUUAGAAUCAGGAGUGUUGGGCUCACAGCUCAUGAAGUUCACCACCAUACCACAGCAGCUCAGUUUAAAGUAGCCAUCUGCCUGUUUACAUUUCUCCAGCUUUGCAAUACAAAAUGUAUUAAAUCUGGCAGCUUUUAGCACAUGUUUAAUUUCUGUAAGAAGUAAAAUGUGAUUUUGUAAUGGUAGUGGCAAAAGGGUAUCGUGGUUCAAUAUAAACACAAGAAGAUUUUGUAGCGUCUUGUGCUUGCUUCAAUCAAUCAAUCAUUUAUUUUUUGUUUGCUUGUUUGUUUGUAUGCCAUGUUUCCAAAGUUAAAACAUGUUCAAGGUGGCUUACAAAGUAUUUUAGAAAUUACAGCACUACAAAGAUAACUAAAGUAGUCAUAAACAAAACAUCAAAAAGUACACAGACUGAACAAUUUCCACAUAAAUCAUAAGAUCCAAAAUAAAGAUACAAAAAGAUGACAGCAACAGCCCCCAUAAACAACAAAACUCCAUAAACAAUGCCCCAGCCCAAGAUUCUGUUUGGCAGCUUCAGCUUUUAUAGCUGGAGUCAACCAGGCCUUGCCUCUCAGGCCAGGUGGGAAAAGGCCUACAAGGCAGGGAGUAGAUCUUCCAGGGCUCAAAGCCAAGAUGAUGAUGAUGAUGAUAAUGAUAAUGAUAAUGAUAAUGAUAAUGAUAAUGAUAAUGAUAAUAAUUUAUUUAUACCCCACCUAUCUGGCUGGGUUUCCCCAGCCACUCUGGACGGCUUCCAACAAAAUAUUAAAAUACAAUCGUCUGUUAAACAUUAAAAGCUUUCCUAAACAUCCUUCAGAUGUCUUCUAAAAGUCUGGUAGUUGUUUUUCUCUUUGACAUCUGAUGCGAGGGCAUUCCACAGGGCGGGUGCCACUACCAAGAAGGCCCUCUGCCUGUUCCCUGUAACUUGGCUUCUCGCAAUGAGGGAACUGCCAGAAGGCCCUCAGCGCUGGACCUCAGUGUCCAGGCAGAACUAUGGUGGUGGACAUGCUCCUUCAGGUAUACUGGACUGAGGCCAUUUAGGGCUUUAAAGGUCAGCACCAACAAUUUGAAUUGUGCUCGGAAACAUACUGGGAGCCAAUGUAGGUCUUUCAAGACCAGUGUUAUGUGGUCUCGGCGGCCGCUCCAUAACUUUUUAUGGACUACAGGCCACUUCAUCAGAUGAAAAUUAUGUGAAUAACUUGCUGAUCUGUGGGGACAGGGGAACAUUUGCAAACCUAAGAUUUAACUUGAAUCAUUUUACAUGUAGCUUGUCCUUCAUUUAUUCAAAUACCAGGUGCAGAGUAUAAACCAAAGAAACCAGAACAGUAAGCCAUUCUGAACAAAUAAAGACUGCUAAAAACAGCAUAAUAAGCGAAUCAGCAGCUUAAAAUGCCUGGGCAAAUAAAUAAGUGUUAACCUAGUGCUGGAACAAUGACCACAUCAGCCAGGCAGACUUCUGAGUGGAGGGCAUUUGUGGCAGCUUAUGUAGCCAUAAUGCCAUGAGUAGGAAGUAACAUGGUGCUUGUUAAGCCCUUGUUUGCAAGCCUGGUGUGUCUACCAGCCAUUCUGACAAAUUUCUUAUGAGAAAUCCACUUUCACAGCUCCUUCCCAAAACAUUCUGGGCAGACAUUUGGCUGGCAAGUGAAGCAUGCAGUGGUAAAAAAAAACCCUUUUCAUUUUCUUCAAAGAAUAAUCAGGCAGACAUUAAGGAGGCAGUGUGUGUUUGAGUGUUAAAAGCAGACAGAAGGCCAUGUUUGCUAUCCUUUCUUUGCAUUUAAUAAUACGUAUUUCUUAAGGCUUAAUCUGAUUGCAUUAAUGAUAUUCAUCUUCUCAAGAGUUGUAUUAACAGUUGUUAACUACGCUGAAUUUUUAGGAAUCUCUUAUUGCCUCAUGAUGUGAGUGUGAAUGCGUUAUAUCGUGUCCCAGCCAUGAAAAUGAAAUGUAGAAUCAAUGCUGGUGUUUGCACACUUGUUAAGUGUCAAGUAUGCCAUUAUACUCUUAGAACAGAUUGUAUUACAUGAUUUUAUAGGGCAUUUUUCUGUAUUUAGCUCAUCACAAACUAAUUUUUCCCUUAAUGAAUGGAUGGACAAAUGAAAGGUGAUCUCUUAUUGUCAUUUCUUACUUGGUUCUUCCCUUCAGUCUUUAGCGCUUUCCAUUUUUCUGCAUACUACACCAGUGGCUGCUUUGUGCUGGCAAUGCUUCUAAAAAGGCAAAUGGCGACUCGUUUGCAUAUGUACCUGCCUGCCUGCAGGGAAGCAUCUAAUGCCCAUCCUUCCCAUUUCUGAUCUCUUUUUCAUUUUAAAUUCUGUGGCUCUUUCCAUGCUCCUUAUUUUACACGUAUUUCUCUAUCCCUUAUAUUUUCUAAAAUUGGCUUCUGUUUCCCUAAAGCAUUCUGUUUAAAUUUCUUUUGGCUCACAGUGCUUUUGUACACUUUCUCCUCCUUAACUUUUCAGUUCUUUCUUUCUCUUUGCUCCUUCUUUUCCCGUUAUGUACUUCUAAUCAAACCCAAAACCUGACUAUUACUUUUCAUUGUUGCUUUUAUCUGUUGUUAUUCUACAGCUCUGGAAUGCACUGGCUACAUGGAAUGUGCUCCCUAUCGAUAUUCAAGCAGCUCUGCCAAUUUUGGUUCUUAAACAGCUUCUAAAGAGCAAUCUGUGCUCUGAGGCUUUUCCCUGCUCAUUAAUCCUUCCAGGUUUCCCUUCCUCUUGUGACCAUUUCCACCCCCUCCACUUUUUUUGUCUGAUACAUUGUAAGCCUCCAGGCAGGGUUUGUCAUUACUUUUAUCUCUCCUAUGCCAUUUUGAUUUGAAAGUGCUUUAGAAAUAAUAAUAUAUGCGCACACCACUUAGCAGUAAAAGCCUGCAACUCACAGGCAGGCCCCUUUCUGAUUGACACACGAAGCAGAAUGUAGUCCCUAAAGUUUCCCCCCCAAUAAUCUUUGUUUCAGAUUUCUUCAAGUACAUGCCAUUCUGAUGCAUCCAAUUCUACUGAAGGAUGUCUAAAGUCGCCGUUGUUUCAAUUUGCUGAGGUGAGCUUUUUCUAAUUUCUGGGUUUUUUUCUUUUUUUAAUAAAUAAAAAAAGAGCACUAAAGGCUUUCAGAUAAGCUCCAAAAAUGCUUUAGUUAAUUUAUCAUCCAUUUGAGCAGUGGUCACAUACAUAUUUACCUGAGGAUCAUGGGUGACUUCCGCAUCUUUAAUGGCACUUAAAUAUAGUUAAUUAAUUAAAUGCUUUACAUGAUGCAUUGCAUUAGGUAGGCAUUCUUGAGCAGAAGAAAGAAUAUCUUUCAUAUAUUUAGUAGAAAGCAUCCUGAGGCCAAAAAUGUGCCAGCUAAGGACAUAUUUAUUUAAUUAGCAGCUAUAAUGGAUGCCCUCUUCAGGCAUCAGAUCUUGACAAGCUUCAUCAGGUGACUGUUCAGGUUAAAGUGUAGAAACACUCUUUUCAGUAUUAAGUCAAGGUCAGCACCAUCCAUUAGCAUAUUAGAUAGAUAGAUCGUGCCCUCGUAUGUUGUCAAAUCCUGUACUGUCAAAUCCUAAUCAUCUUUCAGCAUAUAACCGAGGGCCAAAGUCACAAAUCCAUUUUUUGAACAUGUAAGCAGCCUUUAGCAUCUCCAGAUACAUGCUCAUUGGUGAAGGUAGUGUAUGAACCAGGCAUUCAGUUCUCAUUCUUACAGAGCUGCUCCUCUUCAGGGAGGGGUGGGGUUGCGUGCAUGCUUCGCGCUUUCCCGCCCUCAGCGGGGGGUGGUGUCGAGACCCCCACAUCACUGGGGAGUUCCGGCGCGCAUCACGACCACAGUCAGCCAAUCUGGCUGGCGGUGGGGGUGUGGCUAGCCACAUUUAAGCAGCUGCGUGGCCGGGAGCUCCUCCUUCUGCUCCAAGCUUCCACGGAUUUCCUGCCCUCCCUCCCUUCUUUCGUUUAUCACCUUGACCUUGCUAUGGACUUCAGUCGGUUGCCUGUUGAAGCGGCCUGGUAGGAAUUUUCCCACUUGGCAGAUUGGCACCAGCCACUUGGUUUUCGCCUACCUCGUAGCAGAUCGUCACAACUUUAUAAGGUUUGGCGGUUAGGCAUUGGAAAAGCUUGGUUUAUGGGAGGGGAGGUUGUGGCCAUCACCUACCCCUCCCCUUUAAGGGUAUUCCGUUAAAGCAGCCUUUCUCAACCUGUGGGUCCCCAGAUGUUGUUGAACUACAACUCCCAUCACCCACUAGCUAGCAAGGCCAGAGCUCAGGGAUGAGGGGAGUUGUAGUCCAACAACGUCUGGGGACCCACAGGUUGAGAACUGCUGUGUUAAAGGAACCCGGAAGUGGUUCCUGUCCGAAGCCCGGGUAGAGCCUAGGGCCAUGGCACGACCUUUCCUGUGACCCUGGGGGAGACCAAGUUGAUGUACAUCAACAGGGCUCCCCCUACAGGUGGUUGACCAUUGUAAGACUUCCUGCGUGGCAGGCAGGAGUCAGAUAUAGUCUGUUCGGGUCCAAUGCCCAAAGCCAACACCACUCACAUUCUGUAACCAAUAAAAGCUGUGGCCUUUUUUCAUCCCAUUAACCUAAAAUACUUGUGUCCACGUGUUUUUAUUCACCAAGGGAGGGGGUGUGGGGCCUUGACGUGCAACAGUACCAUUUCCAGCUGCUAUGAGUACAGGACUUGCUACAGAGUAUAUUAUUUCCUACAUAUUAGACACAACCCAACAGACAUUGGUCAUGACUAAAUCCCACUGAAAUAAAUAGAACUUGAAUUCGUUGCACCAAAACCCCCACUCCUUUGUUUUUGAUGUCUUUAGUUGUGGAUAAUUUUUUCUGGAAGCUGCUCAUUGCAUCGGCCCAUGAAAGUGGGUACCUGGUCAAGGAAUGUGUGAACUGUGACCCUAAGGUGCUGGUGGAGCCCCAUUAAAAUGUUCAACCCAAGCACAGUUAUAUAAAUUCAAUCUGAAACACAGUUACUAAGGAUUAAGCACCACUGAAUAUACCAUCACCAUGGGUGGCAACGCAAGAGGCGAUGCAACAGGAGACCUGUGGAGCCAAUGUGAGCACCACUCAGUGAUGUAGCAAGCAAUGUAGUAUUCACAAUUAUGUAGCUUUUUCUCAGAAAAGCUCAGUAAGAGAUUAAGAUGCGACCGAAGAAGAGAAUACAAACAUCAAAGUAUAGAGAGUACCCAAUUUUUUUACCCCCAAAUAUUAUUUUAAUUAGAAGCCAUUGUUUCUAAUAGAUUUUUUUUCUCAUCUGAUAUCAGAAUACCAAGAAUGUGUGGAUAGUUGGCACAAUCCAGCCAAGAUUAAGCACUUUUAAAACACCAAUUAUUUUCAAUGGGUGAGUUAAGUAUGUAAUUUUAAGCCCCGUUGAUUUCAAUUUGAAUGUUAAGCAUGUGUUUAAAUCUUACCUGUUGAAAUCAAUGGAAUGUAAAAGUGUUUCACUUUGACUGGAUCGUGCUCAUUAUUGUCCUGAAAACAAUCCAGAAUAUCAUAGUAUUCCAAAUUUUCAUGGACAUUUUUGACCAGAUAGUUAAGAUUGCUGUUAACAAGUUUCCAGCUAGCACAUUUGAACAUCUCAGCGGUGAAAAAUGAAGCCAGAAUCAUAAGGCUCUCAUUUAAAACUUCCUUGUAAAUAGGUUUCUUUGAAAUCAGUGGGGUUUAUUUCCAACUAGUCAGUUCAAAAUAAUAUUGCUUAUUUUAGUCUGAAAAUUCUGAUUUCUUGUACAGUUCUUUCAGCAUGGUACUGAUCAUUUUGGUGCUUUGUAUGCAAUUAGUGUGUCAGGUGAAAUGCUUAAUUUGCGUCUGUCAAUGCAAGGGAUCAAAGCCUUUGGCUUAGCUCCAAGCCGUGUGAUACUUUAUUUAAUAUUACCAUUGUGACUUUUCAUUGUUUUAUUUUGUUGCUCUGAUUAUGGCAGAGGUUUCCCUAUGAAAAUGAUGCUUGUAUUUUUCAUAGUUUGUCAUUUACAAUCCAUUAGAAAAGUAACUUAUUCAUACCACUUUGUGUCCUGAAGAGCGACAAGUUUUGCCAUUUCUGCGGAACAUGAAAAUCAGAUUUGGCUUAAACACGGUGUUCUAAUGGCUUUUUUUUUUUAAUGUGCCCCCCUCCCAGAUUUCUUCAAGUCCAUCACAACCAGAUGCCCCUGCAGAUUCAAAAGAAAGUGAGGAAUCAACACUAUUUCAGUUUUCAGAGGUAUGACAAAUCUGACUUUAAAAAAAAUAGAAAUACAGUGUGAUAAAGCAAGAUGGCUUCAAAUGUUGCCGUCCUUCUGAAGUACACAAGCAUAUAACAAAUAGUUUCUCCAGCAGGUUUAAUUUUUAUAAUGUGCUAGAUACAACUGAUAUGUGGAAGUACAUAGCAAUGCCUCCUUCAGGGAAGUAGGAUUUUCCCCACAGAAUUAGGCUGGAGACUCUCUGCGUGCAGUCAUCGUGGGACAACAAGAAUGAGCCCAACAAGGGGCUGCGUUCACACAUUAUGGUAAACCAUAGUUAAUGUUAUACUGGGAACUGUAAGUUGGCUCCUACUUGGCUCCUCCAUUGGCUCUGGUGGGUACAACAAACCAUGAUCCCUGGUUUAUUGUUACAUCUGAAUUAGGGAUUGUGGUUUGUUUUACUCCCCCAAAAACACAAUCAGGAAGCCAAUGUUUGUUUUUGGAUCAUGGUUUGUUGCUCCCACUUGUUUUUAGGAGAGGAGAGGUUUUCCACCUUAGUAUGACUUCUUAUGAGACUGCUGUAGAGCUUCUUUCAGUGCUAAGGCUCAGCUGGGAAAGAAAUAAGGUAGUAGUAAUAAAAAGAGUGUACACAGUGUGCUUUCCCUAUUAUCACUGAGUAACUUAAACUAGCAGUUAUUUUUUGGGAGGAGGAGCACACUUGUCAGAAACUAUGAAUUCAGAUAGACAUGAGCCCCAGCACCUUUCAAUUAAGAAGAUCCUUAACGUAAAGGAGGUGGUGGGAAAGAUCAAAACACUUCAGUAAAAUACAAGAUUCUUCUUCUCACAGGUGCCUUCAAGUCUCUAUCCUACCUUCAAAAUGCUGCCUGUGUUCUAACCCCCUGCCCAAAAAAGCGCCUUCACACCAAUCUGUUUAUUGGGAUAAAUAGGUGUAAAUCAGUAUAAGGCAACUGCUUUGAUUGUGGGGAAAGGCAUCAUACCUAUGUCAUUCUCAUCCCUUUUCUUAAUUGCAACAAUUAGUAUUUCUAAAGUCCUUAAAUUUCUUGAUCAAAGGAUCAGUGGUUUUGCUUGGUUGUGAAGGGGGAGGUUCUAUGGCAGUGAUGGGGAGCCUCCCACGAUCCCAAUUAGAUCCUACAUGUCAUGUUCUGGUGCGAUGCUGGAUUUCAUGGAGAAGGAGGCAAGGCAUGACAAGCCAAGGCCCCUUUGUGAUUAACUAGAUUCUUAAAGCCCCUGAUCUAGAGACAGGCACUCCUUUGUUCCCUAGCCUACUGCCUUACAUGCUUCCUGCACUGCUUGAGGUCUUGGGAAGGCAUUUCGUUACUCCGCCUUAAUGGAAGGUACCUGUGAAGGUUCCGACUCUGACCCUGUUGAUAAAGGAGGUUCUUCCUGAUUUUACAUGUUCUCAGGCUCGGUUGUUUCCUGAUCUCUAUCAGCAGACUUGGAGCCCUGCACCUGGUCUGGCUCCUUAGCUGGCAAGUCUUCAGCCUCUGACGCAGGAGUCUUGAUUGCUGCCAGCCUCUGGGGUCAUGACACUAAAGGCCUCUGGAUUUGGCGCACGAAACUGUUUGGGGCAAACUAUGCAACCUUUCCCAUAGUUCAGUCUGCAGCUGCAGAGUGAUGAUUGACAGGAGCAGCUUUGGAAACACCUGGGAUAUGACAUCAAGCAAUUGAUAGGGGAGCAGCAAAAUGGCCACGGAGAGUUAGCCAUAGAAGUGGCUCCCCAUCCCUGUUCUUUGGGCUGGCAAGGAAUCUUCCUUGUAGGGUGUCCUUCAUCCUUUGCACAGACUUGAGCUUCUGUACAGUACAGCCUUGUAGCUGUAUCUCUCAUUAGCCAAGCCUACAUCAUCGUUAAACCAAAGGAACAGUAUACUGAGAUCGCUGCCUGUGAUUUUCAUCCCCCUUAGCUUGACUAUAUAAUGUAGCUAUUCAAGGCACAAAACUAAAAUAUCUUAAGUUUAAAUAAAAAAUCAGUUCUGGGAUGAAUUUGCUUCUGAAUAGCAAUAUCCCAGGAAAUGAUAAAGUAACCUCUCAUAGCCUCAGAUGUCUGUCAAUGCCUAUGAAUUCUGCGACAGAGCACUUCUCUCGUCAUUGCCGGGAACUGCUGCAGCAGAGGCAGCGAAGGAAGCUUCAGCUAUACACACAUUUCUCUUCUUUGUGUUACGAUCAUGAAUUUAGUAGGCUGCGAAGAUAUGUAGCACACAGUUUGGUGGCUUACUAUGAAGCUUGGUGCUAGUGCAGUGUUGCAAGUCCUGGUGUUAGGUAUAUGCAGUGCUUUUUUUCUAAAAAAAAAAGUUUAGGAGUACUCUCAUUUUCCUACUCAUAUUGAAGUGCUGCUGCUCAAUGAGGCCAAACUUAAAUUCAAAAAAUGUUUAAGGGUUUGCGUACCUCCAGGAGAAAAGCACUGGGUGUAUGUAACUUACACAAGAUGUGACACUAGAGCAGCACUGCCACAAACCGUUCUGCUGACACCCACAUCCAACUGUGCUCGGGGUUCCAACCCUUCAUUUGAGGCCCCUACUCAACAUUCAAGCAUUGCUUCUCUCUGUUAAUCACAGAGCACAAGAUGGGGGUGAUUCCAGUAUUGCCACUUCUUCUUUGUGCUCCGUUCCCAUGAUGCUCCAGAAACAUGUAUAUAUAAGUGAUGGAGAAGGGGAAUGAGGAACAGGAUCAUAGAAUUGUAGAGUUGGAAGGGACCCUGAGGUCCUCUAGUCCAAACCCGUGCAAUGCAAGAUGACAUGGUUACUUAUUGCAGCCGCCUUAAUUUGGGCCAAGGGCAGUACUGCAGCAAGCACAACAUCCCAGACCCACAUUUGCCUGGAUAAUGCAAUUGUGGGCAUAGGAGGCAGCAUUUCUGGGUAAGAAUCAGAAUAGAUAGGUGCUUAGCCCUCUCUAUGGCUGUGUUCACAUCUCAUAGUAAACCAUGAUUAAUGUUUAACUCUGGUUUACUAUGAACAAGCAACAUGGUGGUGCAUGCUACUCAAAAGUCCUUGCUCCACUCCUGGCAAUGUUGGGAGCAUGACUAAGGGGAUAUUUCCCACAACAAACCCAGACUAGGGAGGUUAUUUCCCACAAACGCACCACAAAAACCAACCUUUCCCAACCACCUUUUAUUUUAAUCAUCAAAUUAUACGUAAUAAAAUACCUUUUAAAAUAUUUUAAAGCAUAUUGGUAGCUACACUAAAAUAAAGCCGUUCCCCAUUUCAAUUAUAAAUAAAAACAAAGCUAGAAGGAUAUCAUAUAUCCAAACAGUCAAUACUUUGUGAAUCCAUGAUGACAAUUAGGUGAAAAAACCUGUUUUCUUUUACAGUAAUCAAUACACUUUUGCCACUUUACCAAAAACUUACCUUGUCUCGCUUCUCAUUCUUGAUAUCUUAAAAAAUGUGUUCUUAGCCAUAGUUGCAUACUACCAUUUUUUGUCUCUCCAUUCUUUAAUUGUUGGUGUUUUAUGUGAUUUCCAGUAUUUGCAUAGACCAUUCUAGCCACAAGAUAAGAAACAAGUUCCCUACAUUCUGAGAUAACUUACUGUUUUACAUAAUUUAAAAGAAAAUGAGCAAAAUGAAACAUUGUAUCUUAAAAUAUUUACCACUUGGGUUUUAAAAUCAUUUUCCAUUUUUUAAAGGGGAAAAAAAGCAUCUCUCUGCCACAUAUGGGGAGAAUCUUUCUUUUUAUUCUUCCAACAUAAAGAUAAAUAAUUUUUAUUCAUGUUACUUAUCUUUUAUGGCUUAAUUUGCAAUCUACUCAUUAUUUUACAAUUAUCUCUUAAUUCCUACACAUAAAGAGAACUUAAAAGCUACUAUCAAAAGAUUUUCACAUAUAUCCAUCAGGAUUCUGCCCGCUGCCCCCAGUAUUUUGUGCCCAUUUCACAAUAUAUUAUUUUAGUUGUCCCUGUUCUGUGUCAUGUUUAACCAAAAGUUUAUAUAUCUUUGCUAAUCUAUGUUCUUUAAUCUUCACAACUUUCUUUUCCAAAUUCUGUAUGUUCUCUCCUCAACCCAGUUUUCCUUUGAUAUUCUUGCACUAAUGAUCUUACCUGACAAUAUUCAAACCAAUUAGGGGUUUUUGCCCUGCAUUUUUCUUCUAACCUCUGAAUAUGAAACCAUCCAUCCUGCUUUUCUAAAAGCAUUAAUCCUGAAUAAAUUAUUGUUCUUCCAUGCAUGAAAUCCCACCUCUACAUUUCCUUUUAUCUGUUAAUUUUUCUAAAGGAGACUUGGACAUAACAAAUCUUUAAUAAAUCAAAUAACAAAAAAAAUAUUAUUAAUAGUCUUCGGUCCAAAUUUCUUAUCUCCCCCAAGUAAAUAAUGUAAUAAAGUUCCUAAAAUCUUUCUGAAAUAACUGAAUAUGGUUCUUUAAUCCAAUCUACUAAUGAGUUGAAAACAAACCUUGGCCUCAACUCAUGGUUUGAUUAGAAAGAAGGAAACAAACCAUGAGCCCAGGAUUUUAUUGAGUUACUUAUUUUUAAUUGUUUAUUUAGACCAUUUCCAUACCACUUAAUAUAUAAAAAUAUAAGCAGUGUACAGAAAACUAAAGCAACAACAAAAGACAGCUAACAAAUCUUAACAAAAAAACAGACUGUUUCAUAUGCAAAAGUUGCGUAAUACAAACUGCUAAUAAACAUAAACUAGUAUCAGUUCAUUCUCCUUCUGAAACAACUCACCUCUCAACCUCCAUCAUCUACCCAGUCUCCCAGCCAUGGCGCAAACAAAUACACCUUACUCACUAGAUGUCAUAGAGAAGAGGACAUCGGGAACCUGCUGACGUUACCCUAAUCUCCCACUCGAGACUUGCUUUUGCAGGCAGACACAAAGCUUCCUGAGGCUGCCCACAGCUUUGUCCCAUUCAGCAAAUUCCACAGCCUAUAGCAGGUUUGGUGAAGGAUGGGCAGUGGAGCACUCCUCCACUCACAGCUCUUUCUCCGGCCUCUGCACACUUCUCCAGCUACUUUCUUUGAGUGCCACAACAAGCAAAGGCGUGUGGUUUGUUGCUCCCAGUAUGGCCAGGAAUGGUGAAGGAGUGAGACUAUAGCUUUUGAGCACCCUGCACGAGUGCACUGCUCCAUGUUGCAUCCCUGUUAAACAUUAAGUAUGGUUGACUAUGAUGUGCAAAUCAGUGCCAGGGCUCCCCUGCCAUUGCUUUCUCAGGUGUUGCUUCCCCUUGCUCAGAUGUCCUCCUCUUUCCCCCAUUUUGUGGAGAGGAACAUCAGUGAGUGCAUGAAAGAUGAAGCAUCUUCAACAGUCCGUUGGUUCUCUCCUGCAAGCUCGCCUCUCUGCAUUAAUCUUACAAGACCUAUGUUGCUUUAUAACACAUUGCUGUGGUGGAAGGUACCAGCUGCCUUGAACAAGUUUUAGAAGUUGGUGCAGCAACCCAUAGGAUUAAUUUUUUUAAAACGUUUAUACUUUUCAGAUAUAUACAUUUCACUGAUUUCACAAUCAUUUUGACAUUUUAAAACUUGACUUCCUUCCCCCUCUUUCUGCGGUUCCUUAAAUUUAUUUUUAAUAUCUUCUGCAUAUCCAAAUUAACUUACCGUAUUUUUCGCCCUAUAGGACACACUGGCCCAUAGGACGCACCUAAUUUUGGGGGGGGGGGAAUAAAGGGAAAAAAUUAUUUCCCCCCCAGGCGCGGGGCUGGGGCGGGGGAAGCCCGAGCUUCCCCCGACCCCAGCCCCCAGAACAUGCAGCUCUCCGCAAGCCGUGGGGGCUCCCCGCUGCCCCCCGAGCUUGCGGGGCUGGCGGUGGGGAGAAGCGGGCUUCUCCCCGCCCCCAGCCUCCAAACCACGUCGGGAGACAGCUGGAUGGCGGCGUUCCGCCUCCCCGCUGUCCCCCGAGCUUGUGGGGCUGGCGGUGGGGCUCUCCUGAAGCCUGGAGAGCGAGAGGGUCGUGCGCACCGACCCUCCGCUCUCAGGCUUCAGCCUACAUUGCCCCAUAGGACAUACACACAUUUCCCCUUCAUUUUUGGAGGGGAAAAAGUGCGUCCUAUAGGGCAAAAAAUAUGGUAACUUACUCAUUUAUUUAUCUUCUUUAUAUAUAUACUCUUACAUAGCUGCAGGUUAUUACAAUAAUCAUGCCAGUGUUUUUAUCUGUUUACAAUUUAUCUGUAAAUAUUCAACAAACCUCAAAGGAUUAAAAUUAAGACGAUAGCCAGAAAACUUUCUGUUUGUCUCAUUAUCUAAUUGAGAAGUACACUUAAUUCACCUCUUGAAAAUGUGGCGUUACAAAUUGCACUCUCAAAAUUACUUUAUAGCCUAAAGCAAAGUUCUCAUAUCUAACUGUAUUAUUAUUUGAAUUUGAAUUUAUAUACCGCCCUAAAGCUGGAGGUCAAAGGGCGGUUCACAGAAUCAUUGUAGUGAUUCUCCCUAGAAAAAAGUUCUUUUCGAGCCUCCUCAAGAUUUUUUCAUUUAUGUAAAGCAUGUCUCAAUUGCCCAGCAUUAAAAAAGAAAAUCAUGGUGAUUACAAUAAAACCCCAAAAUAAAUGCAAAAUACAAAGUUAAAAUGAUAAAAUUACAUCACAUCCAUCUGCAAAACUAUCAGGAACAAUAGCCAACAAUGUUGCUCAGAAAAGUGCUGGUUGAAUAAGCAAUAUCCUGAGGAGGCACCUAAAAGAACAAAUUAACAAAAUGAAGAUAAGCAGUCCAGCUGCUGGUCUAUAAUUGUGUCUGAAGACAGGCAGAGUAAGAGGGAAGAUGCCAGCUGGGGCAGCCAUCUUGCUCUUCUACUGAAGUCGCCAUGCUGGCAGAAAAUAAUUGUUCUCUGCUAUCAUUGCCACAGGAUAGGCUUGGUAAUGAGCUUUUACAUAUGUUUGGUCAGACUUAGAGUGAGUUUUCUACCACUUGCAUUCAACUGUCUUCCUUUCUUUUCCAUUGUCCUUUGGUCUCCAGUAUACCAAGGAGCUGACUAGACUUUGCAGGAAGGGAGAGCACUUUGAGAGGAUUCCUGUCAAUCAUCAUCAUCAUCUUAUUUAUUUAUUUAUAUUUUAAUAUUUAUAAUUAUAUUUAUACCUCACCCAUCUGGCUGGGUUUCCCCUGCCACUCUGGGUGGCUCCCAACAGAAUAAGAAAAGCACGAUAAAACAUCACACAUUAAAAACUUCCCUAAACAGGGCUGCCUUCAGAUGUCUUCUAAAAGUCAGGUAGUUGUUAAUGUCCUUUGUUAAUUUCCUUGAUGGGAAGGCGUUCCACAGGGCGGGCGCCACCCCCGAGAAGGCCCUCUGCCUGGUUCCCUGUAACCUCACUUCUUGCGGUGAGGGAAUCUCCAGAAGGCCCUCGGAGCUGGACCUCAGUGUCAAUAAUAAUAGGACAAGUUUUCUUUCAAGGAAAAAAGUCCCUAUAAGCUUUCAAUGAAGCCCUGGCAACACAUAGUGAAAACCUCUAGCCUAGAGCAGGGUUUCCCAAACUGUGGUCUAUGGGCUUCAUCCAGGUGGCACAUGGUGUGUCUGUGGAUUUGUGGUUGAAAAUUGGCACAUCCAUCAAAUUAAAUGCUCAUAUUUAUUUUUAAUUGUAUUUUCAUCAGCUGCUCCAGCUUAUCCCAUUGUACAGUGGUGCCCCGCAAGACGAAGAACUCGCAAGACGAAAAACUCGCUAGACGAAAGAGUUUUCCGUUUUUUGAGUCGUUCCGCAAGACGAAUUUCCCUAUGGGCUUGCUUCGCAAGACAAAACGUCUUGCGAGUUCUUGUGAGUUUGUUUCCUUUUUCUUAAAGCCGCUAAGCCGUUAAUAGCCGCUAAGCCGCGAAUAGCCGUGCUUCGCAAGAUGAAAAAACCGCAAGACGAAGAGACUCGCGGAACGGAAUAAUUUCGUCUUGCGAGGCACCACUGUAUUCUAUUGCAUUGCAACACAAACUUUAUGGAAUUCUAACUGAAAAACAACAAAAUACAACACACAAGAAAAGAAACAAAUAUGCUAUCAAAAAAUAAUGCAGCAUCUAGCACAGUGCAUUACAAUUGCUAUAACAGACAAAAAAAAACCCCUCAAAAAACAGACAGAGGGUCUGCCAAGACCCUCAGCAAUUUUCAACCAGGCCAUGGCAAAAAUGUUUAGGAACCCUGGCCUAGAGUAUUCACCAUUUUAAAGCACGCAUUUCUUAAUCAGUGAGAGAAUGUAGAACAGCAAGUCUAUCUACACUGAGUUUUCAUAGAAGUCUGGAAGCAUGAAAAGCUAGGAAACAAUCAGCUGUGCAUUGGUUGCUGAAAAUUAGAGGGUUAUCAUAUAUUUUACAAUAUAAGCUCUUGUAAUGUUGACUUUAGAGGCCAUUCUCUGCUAUAAAGCAGUCCAGAGCCAUAUGGAAAUGUAAGAGAAUCCUUUUUGUGCCAAAUGAAUUAUCUUUGGACGUAGAACUACACUCAUUUCCCUCAGGUUAGAGUGUUUGGAGAGAGCUCUGAGGACACUUCAUUGAUAGAAAAGAUCUUGAACUUGUUCAGCAGAGUUAUUCCCCCGAGUCAUCCCAAACAGUACUUUGCAGAGUCACUCACAUCUUUCUUUGCGAGAGAAGAGGCUGUGGUUUUCAUCCUGAACAUGGCAGGGUACUUGCUUUUAGAUUAUUCAAGAGAGGAGCGCACAAAAGCCUUAUUUCAGCUACUGGAACCCAUGUGUCUUUUAUUAGCGCAAAGCUAUCAUUCCCUCUGGACAUCUUUGGCACAUUUUGUAUGCCAAAAUUACCCUUUUCCCCUCCCUUUUACACCCCCCCCAACUUUCAAAUUUCCCACUGAGAAAAGUAUUGCUGUACUUUGCACGCGGAAAGCAAUCUGUUGCAGUAAAAAUUGUACAGUGGCUGUAAACAUGCAAAAAAUCCAGCAGCACAACAGUCUUAUGUUGCCCUGGGACCCAGAAUGCCUGAGGAUUCUUGGCAGUCGUCCCAGACAGCGUUUUUGUUCAGCCUGGGUGUUCUUCAUAUGUUUCCUUUCUCUUUAUCCCUUUCACCGUAGGAGAGAAUAAUGUUAAGUCUUUGUGAAAGGAAUGAUACCAUCAAGUGCAUGUGUCAUUCAUAAUGGACAACCUUUAGCCCAGGAAUAAAAGUCCCCUGUCAGUCAUGCAUACUCCAUUAUACAGUAUGACACUCUUCACUGUCAUCUCCAUAUGUUUAUCACCCCUUUGCUUACCCAGUGGCUGUGUUGUUUUCCAGUGAAAACAAAUGAUGUGGCUAAUAGGAAAGGUGUCCUUUCUUCUCGCGCUCAACCAUGAGACCAGUUAAAAUAGCAGAAUGAUGUGCAGAGAUGCCUUUGUAUCCUGUGGAAUCUCAGAAUCCACAUCAACAACGCUACAGCUUAUUGUGUUGAUAUUGACAAACUAAAAUGUCACAAAGGGCAGCUGUCUGCUUGCCUGUCUGCCUCACCCGUUGUUGAAAGAGACUUUCUCUGCAUUUUGUUUUUAAAAAAAUCAUAUCCCUUUCUUCACAGUUGGCGAGUCCUGAACCUAUAAAGCACUGUAGGAAGUCAGCACUCUUCCAGUUCGCUGAGGUAAGGCACCGUUUUUAUAUGUGUAAAAAGAAAAGAAAAGGUAUAUUUUUAUUAAUAAUAUUUUGAAUUUAAUACAGACUGCAGAAGGUUGACACCAGAAGUAUAUUUUAGCAAAAGGUGUUGGAAGAAGGAGCUGUGUAGAUAAGCAUGGGAUUUCUGCAAAGAUGUAUUUCUUAUAGCUUUUAUGUUUUCAUAUACAAAUGAAAUUACAGGUGCAAUUCAAAAAGAAUUAAAUGUGCUUGAGAUGUUCUUUCUCAUAUGACAGAUAAAGCUAGGUCUCCACAUUUUCACAGCUUGUCAGUCUCAUAUUUUCUGUAAGUUUGAAAGGGGAUAGCUGUACAGAAACUGCCACCUGAGCAUUUCCUGCUUCUUGCUACACUUACAUCUCCCCUUGAAUGGGACAGAAAAGAUUUGAUUGACAUUUUGUUGUAAUUCAGGGAGCUGGUUUUUCUGCAACAUGCGAAGUGGCUCUGUGGCCCAUAGGUUCCAGCAAAACUUAGAAUUUUCUGUAGCUUGUCAUUCAGUUUCCUAGAAACCAGACAGGGAAAAUAGCAUUUCUACUCCGAAGAGCCUACUUUAAUGUAGCAGGCAGUCUGGAAAGUUUGUUUCCCAUGUUGAAGUUGACUACAGUAUUUGUUCACCUUAUACUAAAUGAACCAUUAAAGAGCCAACUAUCUGUUUGGUUAUAAAGAUGGGUCUGAGAGCCUUCAGGCAUUAUAUAUAGGAGGAAUGUGAGACUUCUAUGUUUUAUAAACCUUCAUAAAUUAUUCUCUUGAUUUCCUGUAGAACAAAAACUCUUUGGAGUGGUUCCAUAUAUUGUAGCAUACAGAAAUGUGUUUACACAGAUGUGAGUACAGGUAGCUAGGAACCUUGACCAAAUCAUUUCAGAGACACAUAUAUUUGUAUGGUACAUGUGCUGCAUUUGUGUAACUUAAUAUCCAGAUACAAUGCUUGUAUUCUCGUGACAUAUCCAGAGUGACGGAACAUGCAUGGAGGGGAGAAUCUACAUGCAUUCAGUUGAAUGUUUGCAUGGCGUUCACAUGUUUAGAUAGCUGGCAGUGCUUGCUCUCAUGAUCCUAUAUGUGUUCAUUCGGACUAGAUUAGUUGCAAAAGCAUGACCCCAGGUAACCAAUGUGUUGCAGAAGGGUAUAUAUUCUUGCACAGCAAAACAGUUAUUACUUUUUGCCAAGAUACCUAGCUCCUUGUUACAAAAUCACACUUGUAAAUUAGCUCAUUUCGCCACCAGCCUUUCAAGUAAAAUGGGAGGAUCCAAACUACCAUACAAAGGUAAAGAUGGCCUGAUUUACAACUGUGUAAACUGAUACAGCUCUAGUGAGUUGAACAUAGACGGUCAAUGAAGAUAUAUCUGAUUACACUAAAGGAAACACUUGUCCUGUAGUUUUACAGUCUCCUUGUUGUUGUUUAGUCGUUUAGUCGUGUCCGACUCUUCGUGACCCCAUGGAGCAGAGCACGCCAGGCACUUCUGUCUUCCACUGCCUCCUGCAGUUUGGUCAGACUCAUGUUGGUAGCUUCGAGAACUACAGUCUCCUUAGUGAUGGCCUAAUUCUUUCAUGUUUACCCCAGGAACUGAAUGCCAUACUUGAAAGCAUUACUCAAUUACUUUCUAGUAUUAACAUAAUAUUUCUUUAUGUAAUUCUUCUCUUUUUGUAUAAUUCUUCUCUGUUUGGAUCCCCAGCUCUUCCAAGCGUGAUUGUGGAAUUUGAAAUUUCCUUUGACAUUUUGCAUUGCGCUUGGAGGCACAACUUUUAUCAGUGACAUUGUGAUAUUAUCUUCCCCCACCCCUUGCUUUCUUUGUUUCUACUUUAGAUUUCAUCAAGUACAUCCCAUUCAGGUCCUCCUGAAUUAACAAAGCAGUGUGGGACAUCGGCAUUGUUUCAGUUGGCAGAGGUAGUAUUAAAAUCCUGUGGCUUAAUUACUACUGAAUGAUGCUGGUUGCCAAGGUCUGGGAAGCGGAGCAGUAGUACAGUCAUAAUUAGCAUUGUUGUUUAUAGAACCGUAAAUUACCACGUUGGUGCCAAGGAACAAGAUUUACCUUGUCUAACCAUUAGGCACACAGUCUCCGUAGAGCCAAGGCGGCAAGUUAAGAACUGCUAGCUUCAAGGUGCAGUAGUGCACUGGGUAGUAGGCAACAGCCAAUAUGUGAAAUACUCCUCUUAAUUCUUUUGUUCUUGGUUUUAAAGAAUGCUUUAUAUCUUCCGUGGAAAAGUUCACAAAACGAAAAUUGCAUGGUGAGAGAGUUGUGCUGCUUCUUCCAGUGAUGCAACAUGCAUUGUCCAGUAGAGGAGCCCAUGACUCUCAUGCAACCACAACCUGCAUGUAUCAAGUUAGUAGUCUCUAUAAAAGCCAGUUCCCACCAUUCCAUCAUUCCCUAGGGAGACCAAGAAAGAGAACUAAAAUAUUAGGAUAUUUUGAAGAACAGGCUUUAUUUUCAAUGAGUGGGAUCACCGUGCCCUGAGUAGGUCCAUGCAGUGUAAAAUCCUCUCUACUGUACAUGUUUUAACCAUAUUCCAAUCACAGAUUUUGCUUCUAUUUAAAUAAUGAUAAAUGAAUACAUAUAGAGGUGGCUGUUUUCUCUUCUUUGGUUAGACAAGGCAAAUCUAAAUUACACUUGGGUUUUAUAUUGAACUGAAAGCAGCUGAAAGCAAAGGCACUCUUUGUAAAAUCCUCUUACAUGUACAGUCUUUUUUCACUUGAUCAUGAUGAGCGUGGCUUACAUAGCACCACUGCUUUCAAAUUCAGAGGAUGACACCAUCAGGUUAAAAACUAACAAACGACAGUGCCACUUUUCUCAAGUAUUUCUUUUAAUAUCUUUAAGAAGAUAUUUGCCACAGUUUAAUAUGAACAUAAGGGUGCUCCAGCCCACUACAGUCGGUGGGUUAAGCACAUUUAACUUUGUACAGGGACACCUUAUUUUAAAGUGCUUCACUUUAUUGUGUUUCACAGAUAUUGCUCCUUACGAGAAUGCAGGUACAGCUGCAGGCAGUCCCGCUCUCCACCACUGCUGCCCCUCUUCUGGCCAUGGGAGUGGAACUGGCUAGAGCCAGUUUUUCCCUUGCAGCCUCUGGUGCCUGGCUUAAUAGACAAUAGUAUAGUUUAACAUUGUUUUUAUAUGCCACUAGGGGACGCGGGUGAUCAGAAUUUGCCGAUCAGAAGGUCGGCAGUUCGAAUCCUUGCGACGGGGUGAACUCCCGUUGUUCGGUCCCAGCUCCUGCCAACCUAGCAGUUUGAAAGCACAAAGUACAAGUAGAUAAAUAGGUACCGCUUCGGCGGGAAGGUAAACUGUGUUUCCGUGCGCUGCUCUGGUUCGCCAGAAGCGGCUUAGUCAUGCUGGCCACAUGACCCGGAAGCUGUACACCAGCUCCCUCGGCCAAUAAAGCGAGAUGAGCGCCGCAACCCCAGAGUUGGUCACGACUGGACCUAAUGGACCUUUACCUUUACCUUUAGGAAAACCAAAACGUUUAGUGCCUGACUCAUUCAGCCCUCUCAGGCUCUAUUUAUGAGGAUCCAAGAUCAAGGACUUCCCAGGUCCCUCUUGAACUCUAGUGAGGGGAAUUUCCUCUUAUCCUCUUCUGUUUCUGAGUUGGAGGAAGGGAAACAGUCCAGAGAAGAGCCUCCCGCCCCACAUAAAACACAUAAGAAACCUCCUCAUUCCCUUCAUUCCAGGGGAUGUCCCUCCACCUGCAGGUCCAAAAGCAAAUUUCAGGAUUCCUGGGUCUCCUCCUGAUACCAAGGCCACUGCAAAUCAGGCAGAGGCUUCAACUAAUAUUGGGCUAACAGGCGCCAGUUCAAGGAGACCCAGGUAUGAUGCCUGGAGCCUGCUGGUGGGAGGCAGUCUGCAUCUGUUCACAGAGGAGUGUAAAUGCUAAUUAUAGGACCCAUGAAUGCUGGACAAUGUUUAUUUAUUUAAUAAGUUUAUACACCACAUUUUCUUCCAAAGAGCUUAUGGUGGUGCUUCCCUCCCCAUUUUAUCCUCACAGCAAUCCUGUGAAGUAGGUUAGGCUGAGAGGCAGUGACUGGUCCAAGGUCACCCAUUGAGUUUUAUGGCUGAGUGGAGAUUCAAACCCUGGUCUUCCAUAGGGCUCAGUAAUUGUGAGGGUUAUCACAUUGUGCUAUUAGGAUGUGCUCCCCAUUGUCUGGUAAUCCUGCUGCAAGUAUAUAGGCUGUGUAAUGUUGAACUGCCAAGAACAAGGGUGGUUUUUCUAGAACAAGUCACAAAGCUCUUACCCAGCAUUGCACUAGAAAUGUGAAAUUAAAGUUUUACCCUUGUUUUAGAUGUGCCUUGCCUCAGAGGAAGUAAAAGUGAGGGAACCCGGGAAGGGAAAGCUAGAAGCAUCCAGAAUUAUCAAAGCCUUGGAAGCACCAGAGGAGAUCAAAGUUGAAGAACCAGAGAGGGUGAAAGUAAAAAUCGAAAAAUCUCAUAAGGUGAAGGGCCAAGAGCAUGAGAAGACAAAGAUUGGAACGUCUGAGGAGGUGACAAGAUGCAGUCACAUUGCAGAUCCUUCUUUGGACAGCAUGACAUUAGUUGGACCUGACAGCACAAAUGCAAAGGAUUCUGUAUGCCAUUCCCAAGAACUGACAAUGGCUGACAUCAGCACCUUAGGAUUAAGCAAGCCGGAAAAGCUAAAGAAGAAAAAGAAGAAGAAAAAUAAGCCGGACCAGCAAGCACUUGAAAAAUGUACCCCUAAGAAGGCUUGCAAAAAGAGGCAGUCUUCUGAAUCAGACAUUGAAAGCGUCAUUUAUACUAUUGAAGCGGUUGCAAAAGGGGACUGGGGGGCAGAGAGACUCACAGAAGUGCCCCGUAAGAAAGCCCGCCCUUCCUCAACGGCGAAGGGGAACAUCUUGGAAACAAAGUUACCAAAGAAAAAAGUGAAGUCGAAAGAGAAAAGAGCUCUAAAGGAAAAAUGUGUAGAGACCACCAAAGAAUCAAAGCCUCCUGACUUUUUUGACGUUACCGACAACAAGGAACUGCCAUGCGAGGUACCCGAAAUCAUCAAAUCGGAACCGCUCACCCCAACGGAAGAGAUGAUGCCACAAAACUUACCAGAGCAGGUCAAAACCGAGGACAGUGACUGUAACAAAAAGACAGAGACAUGUGGCUCGAGGAAAUCUGAGAGAGCUUGUAAGGGUGCUCUGUACAAAACUCUGGUGUCAGAAGGGAUGCUGACAUCCCUGCGUGCCAACGUUGACAGAGGUACGUGGCUUUUAACCUCCCUAUGUUUGGCAUGUCUGAUAUAGGCAGUGACUGCUGCUGUGUUAUCAUCUUGAUCUGGAGUUUCUUCCAACAGCACAAGAAAGAACAGUGGCAAAAGCCUAGAACAAGGGUGGGGAACCUCAAGCCCAGAGGCCAAAUGCAGCCCUGCUGCCAAGCUCUCAGGCCACACCCUCUCAGUAGCCAUGCUCCAAACCAUCCCCGGGUGCCUUUGCAUGGCUGAAACUGUGAUAAUGCCUCUUGCUUGCCAGGAUGGGGUGCUUGUUUGUGUAUGAUGGCUGCAAAAACCCGAUAUUCACAUAGCUGGAAUGUAGCCUACUGUACAAAAUAGGAGUCACGUCCAUCGCCUUGGGCGCUUUUGUUGAAAAUAGGAAUUGAUUUAAAAAUCAUUUUUAAAAGUGAUGGAUUAAUUUGGUUGCUUAAAUCUGAUGUUUUUCCUUGACAGACUCAGCCUUAACAAGGUAAAGGUACUUUGAGAUUCAGGGUAAUUAAUUUAAUCACACCACUUUUACAAAUAUAUGAGGAGCUGCUUGGGAGUUGCAACGUUCAAUAAUAAUUUAAGUUGCAUGAGUUUUGCAGGUCCCAGUGUAGGUGCCCAUCUGCCUGCCUGUCUGCCCAGCUUCCUUCUGUCUUAAUGUCCCGUGAUUCCAUAACAGGCUCUAUGUCUCCUAAUGUCUUUCCUAGGGAAACGAAGCUCAGGAAAAGGCGGCAGCUCUGAUCAUGAAGGAUGCUGGAAUGAAGAAAGCUGGGCAUUUUCCCCUGGUGGGGCAAGUGGGAACAAAAAGCUUAAAAAACCUAAGCCAAAGGAAGAAAUAGUUGUGGGGUAAGUGCUAUAAUGUGCCGUUUUGAGUAUGCAAACUUUUUCAAGCUGGUUUUAAAGCAAGUAGAAAUUGCCUCAUUUUCAUAGGUUGACUGUGCUUUAUGUCACUUUAGUAAAAUAUAGUCUUCUAACAAAAGGAAUGCAACAUUAAAUCACCUAUUCAAAGUUAUUUUCCACUUUCCCCUAUGGUUCUUGUUCACUAUCAGUCUUGUGCUGGUAUUUAGCCUUAGACAGAGUUUACUACCUAUUUGGGGCUGCAUUCCCUAGCAGUCGAAAGCCACAGUCCCAGCACAUGAGGCAUCCCCUACCAACCUCAUUCCGUUGGCUGUGUCUCAAUUAGAAGGCUUGAAAUCUCCAGAGUUGAAUCACCUAUUCAAACCCAUUUUUAUUUCCAUGUUAGCCUUAAGCCAUACUAGAAAUACAGCACAUAGACGAUUGAUAUAUGUAAAAUGAUUAACAGUAUCUGUACAGAUGCGUACAGUAGACUAGAAGUAGGUCAACCAAAAUUGUCAUUACAGCAAUCGUGACAGCAGUUCACAAACAACAACAAAAGCACCAAUAGUGAAUAAGCUCUCGUUCUUUGUUGACAUCUGCUUUUAAAGAGUCAAUCCUUUGUAGGAGUGAUGAACUCUAGUCAAAUCCAGAUACUCCAAAAUUGGAUCUGAUUUCACUCGUUCUGUGUAAGGUUGCAAAUACCCUGCUCAAAUAAAAAAAAUAAAAUAAAAUAAAUUGGAAGGCUACAUGUACACAGCUGCAUACCAUGGAUAAACAUUUACCUAGUAAAGCACACACACUUGGGUGAGGAAUCCCUACAGAUUUUGAGUGUGUGUGUGGAUGUGUUAUCAGGGUGCUGGUGUAGUCUUUACUCCUGCAUGCUGGUGUAGCCAAAUACAUGUUCUCACCCACAAAUUGCAGUUGUUGAAUUGGAGCCAAUUCACCAUUUCUUUUGAGCCACUUUCCCAUUUGAGACUUAGUCUAAAGCCAUUGUUUGAAUGAUUCAUAGCUACAGGGAAAACCAAUAAUACAUUAUGCUUAACUGAUCUGAUAAAACAGAGGUGUUCAUCUUUAUAACUUCUUAAUGGAGCAGACUACUAGCUAUACUCCAUUGUGAGGCUGGGAGUUUUCAUUUCUCAAACAAACAAGGAAGAUUAACUUACUGGCAAGCAAUAUUUCCAUUCCUAUAAUGCACCACUGGGUAAGAGAUUUUUGAUUCUGCCUCACCGUAAAGUACUUGGAUUCCUAGCAUUAAUUAUCUUCUUUCUGUUGUUGAGAGGUAGGGAGAGGUAAUCUGUCUUCGCAAGUUGAUUUUUUUUUCUAUAUGAAGAAUCACAUCCUAUUUCUUUUUGCUAAAAAAACUAGUCAACCCUUUUCUAAUUUUCCCUGUAUCAUAUUUUUUUAUUUGCUAGGAAUAAUACCCAGAUUCUUUGUCCCACAGUAAUCUGCAAAAAUAUUCAAUAACCUUUGUGAUUCUAUUGAAUUCCAUUAAAUUAAUGAUGCAUUGUCUGCACUCAAUAAAUACUGUAAUGACAUUUUUUCAGACAUUGUGAACCUAAAAUUUCUCACCCCCUGUAUAUGAAUUCAGAUUGUCUUGUGGCACCCAAUUUGUUUUUAAACAACCUUGUGGAACUUCUUGUUCCAUUGUAAAGCUGUUAGAUAACGUCUCUCCUAAACCAGACCUUAUGGUGAAAUAUCUGUGUUGUUUAAAAAUGUAUACAGCUGUACAUCAAAAGUCAAACGGAAUCCGUUCCGGAAGCCCAUUUGACUUCCAAAAUGUUCGGAAACCAAGGUGCGGCUUCGAUUGGCUGCAGGAAGCUCCUGCAGCCAAUCGGAAGCCACAGAACCAGCAUCAGAUGUUGGGGUUCCAAAGAAAGUUCUUAAACCGGAACACUCACUUCCGGGGUUGCAGUGUUCAGGAGCCAAAACGUUCGCGUUGCAAGGCGUUUGACUUCCGAGGUACAACUGUAUUAUGCUUUAUCUAGUUCCUGUCAAUUUUCCCCACAAUUGCCUUCUACCUUCUUUAAAUCAAAAGUCAUGUAAAGCUGUUCAUUCUUUGGGUACAUUUAGUAGCCCGAUCCUGUGCAUGAUUACUUAGAAGCAAGGAGUGCUGUCCUUUACAUACCUACUGAGAUGUAAGACCCAUUGAGUUCAGUGGGACUUACUUCCAGGAGAAUGGGCAUAGAAUUGUAGCCCAACAGUGCAUUCCAUAAUCCUGGUCAGGCAGCAGUGGGAUGGGAUAGAGCAGCAAAGCAACAUCCGCAGCCUUGCCACUUAACACCAGGGUGGUCGAUAGACAAAAUGCUGAUCUGCAUCUGAAGGCAGCCCUGUUUAGGAAGUUUUUCAUGUUUAAUGCUGUAUUAUGUUUCUAAUGUUUGGUUGGGAGCUACCCAGAGUAGCUGGGGAAACCCAGCCAGAUGGGCGGGGUAUAAAAUACUACUACUACUACUAAUAAUAAUAAUAAUUUAUUAUCUGCCUGGAAUCACAUGACAGCAGUGGGGCCAGCUUAGGAUCCGUUCCAUGCCACAUUCUAUUCAAAUCCAACCAGCAGUACUUCUACCCACUCAUGAUUUUGUUGGGCGGAAUGGGGAGCUCAGUGCUGGAAGAGUGACACUGGCAUGGCUGUUUUGGGCUGUGCAGAGGGAAGCCUCUGCCCAGUCCACACACACGAAACCCAUGGAGGAUCAGGGUUUUGGAUGGCAACCUAAGUCCCAUUGCUGGUAUAUGACUUCCUCCCAGGUACUCCUCCCAUCUUUUUUCACACCGUAUAGUGACUUUUAAAAAAUUGUUUAAAACACAAUCCCCCUAAAUACAGUGGGAUACAUACUUCUAAGUCAGUAUAUAUAGGAUUGUUCUGCACUAUAUUGUAAAACAAAGUAAUGAUCCACUCAAGAACAGUGUCAUAAAAGCUUUACUGCCCUUUACUAUUGUACAAUUUUACUGAAUAAAAGUGACUUGCUGGUUUAUGUUGUUUUUAAAGGCUUCACAGCAAAUGAUUAAGUAAUUGUCCAUUUUAAUAGUAUUAUUUUAAUACUAUUAAAUACUAUAGUAAUAGGAUUGUUCCUUUUCCCAAAACUUACCUGGCAGUUUUUCUUAAUAAUAUUGUUCCUUUAUGACCAUAUCCGUGUUUCAGUUAGUCUCACAGCUGAUUGCAAUUUAUUAACAAAAUGCAGUAAAUUCUGUGUUCUAAAAAUAAAAUAAUAAUCUAUGAAUAUUUGAGGAAAUCCCAGUAAAUCAAAGCAAAAUUCCAAAUGAAACCACCUUUUACCUGGAAGUGAGUGCCAUUGACUCAGUGGGACUUAUUUCUGAAAGAUUGAGGUAUUAGCCCUAGUGUGGCAGACUCUUGAAAUUGUAGGCACAAUUGCAUGUGGAAAGCUGUUUGGUUUUUUAAAAAAGUAUUUCCACAUGGUCUGACCUGUGGCUCCAUCUUGUUGAUUUGGUCCUGUUGAUCAAAAAAAGAGUAACAACAACAUUUUUUUUGGCCUUCCAUUUUCUAGCUUAGCAAAGCUGGAGGAAGAAUUUGAGAAAAAAUUCAACAGCCUCCCUCAAUACAGUCCUGUCACAUUUGACCGGAAAAGUGCAUCUGUUCCAAGAAAAAAGAAGAAGCUUGGUAACUGCUCAGCAGACCAACAGAAAUCUAACAAAGGUGAGAGGCUUCUGGAUAAUCCAUUCCCAGUUAUUAGCAGCCACCCUGCUAGGCCAGAAGCUCUUACAGUCUCACUUCACUUAAUGUAUGCAUGUUUGAGCAAAGAUACAUAUUUUAUUUGAUCAUGUCAGAAUUUUCACACAUUCUGCUUAUUGCUUUUCCAUUGAUGCCUGGUUCUAUGUGGGAAGAGGACAGGCAAGUUAUACCUCAGGAAAGAAGGGCUACUGUUUUAUUUAAAAAUACUUCAGUUUUGCCUGCUUACUAUCUUAACUGCAUAAACUUCUGAGAAUAGUUUGCUUUUUAAAAAAAUUUAUUUAUUUUUACAGCUUUUCAAAACUUUUUUAUUUUCUGUUCUAGGUUGAGAAAAUAGUAAGAUUAGCCUUGGGCAUAUUUGGUAUUCUUGAACAAGCUUUUUAAUCUCAUCCUGAGACCUUGUUUGUGAAAUAUAAACAGAAACAUGCCCUAUUGCACAUGGAUGAAAAGAGGAGUAACAAAAUAAAAGUAUAACUUGUUUGUGCAUUUGAAAUGUAAAUACUUUCUUUAGAGAGAGAGAUUGGCCACAAUCUUGCAGUGUAGUCACACACACAAAUCAACAUAUAUGCCCUUAUUUUUAGAUGUAGUUAUCUCCCUCACUUCAGUUUUGAAAGAAUAGUACUUUUCCAGUUAAUUCUAGAUAGACUGCCUCUGCACUUGUGCAGUUGUGUUUGAAAUGAGGGGGAAAAUCACCGUAACAGUGGUGAAAAAAAGAUUAGUAGACAGUAUUGAAAAUACUAGGAUGCAACAGGCUGGCAACAAUCUCAACUAAAAAAAAAAAAAAAAAAAGUGAAUCUAGAAAAGAUAGCAAUUUCUGACCAAAUGUCUAGCAUGGAGGCAUUCUGAAUUUCUUGAUUCUCUUUCACUUGAUUUCAGUGGCACUUAGCCACCACUAACUGUUGGCGGAUUGUGCCUGUUAAUCAACAAAAAGUCACUUGCAGAACAACAAUAAUGCAAUCAAGGGAAUAAUUGCCUUGUUUCAAUGGAAGAGGUUGACAGGCAGAAACUUCUGACCGCCUAUACUGCAAGCCUAAAUAGAAGCCCACCUCUGACAUGGUGUGUGUGUGUGCUCCUACACUUACCUUUGACUCCUGGCAAAUGGUUAGUGCUGUGGGUGGUCGGUUGCGGAAGUGCCAGUCCCCAGUUGGACAUGGGAGAAAGGAACCAUGCUGCCCUUUGCUCUCUGCACUGUCAGCCUAUAUUGUGAUCAGCACAGUCACAUUUAACAACAGGGGUUGUCUGUAAGAUUGAAGUGACAGAAAGGGAAGCUACUGUAGCAGCAACCAUGCAGUGGUCAGUACAGGAAAAUCAGAAUUCUGUGUCUCUCCUAAAUCCUGCAGAGUCUGCGACAAUGCAAGAACCUUUGGUUGGCAGCCAGAAGAGAAAAGCAAGGAAAACCAAGAUCACACACCUGGUUCGAACUGCAGACGGCCGAGUCUCACCAGCAGAAGUUCUGGGUAAGAAUGUGACUGAUUUUUUUUUCCUAGGUAGUUUUCAAAAUUCAAAAUAUUUGUUCUUUUGUUUUUGUUUCUUAAAAAUAAACAUGAUUUGUGGGCUGGGUGGGCAGGAAAUAGAGUUUGGGGUUGAGAACAAACAAGUCCUAAGUUCUCCUCUGGGAGAUGUAUUUCUGCCUCUACAGGGUACAGCUAUUGUCAGAAGAGAAGGAAGAUGAAUUCAGUGACUUCUUUGCUUGUAGGCAUCCUCUAGUUGGCAUUUAUUUAUUUCAUAAAACUUAUAUACCACUUGAUUGUAAAAAGCCUCAAAGCAGUUUGUACUCCUGACAAAGACUAAUAUGGGUCUGUUACAGAGAAUAUAUUUUCAAUUUUUGAGCAUCAGUUUGUAGUCUGGCCUCUUUCCUGCCCCCACCUUGUGCCCCAAAUAGUACCUGUUCAGAGAAGGAAGAAGCACUGAACAAGGCCGGACAUUUUGAGCAGGGAGGGAGGAAUGUAUGUCUCCAAUCCUUACAGCUUUAGGAGUCCCUUCAGCUGUUGUUUAAAGUUUACAUUUUGCUUUCACUAUAGAAGAGAAACCAAAGGAGCAACUACAGAGUAGUCUUCUGAAAGCAUCGAGUAUAGGGAUGGACUGCAGCGAGGAAUCCUUGCAAAACAGUGAAUUGGAGGAAGGUCAUAGUGUUACACCAGACAUGCCAUCUGUCUCUGCAUUCUUUAGCCUAGCUGCUCUAGCAGAGGUAGCAGCGAUGGAAAAUGUGCACAGGUCAGUAUGUGCUUUCUUCACCCCUUUGGCUUGUAACAACUCUUCAUUUUAGCAUCUGUACUUAUAUUUGAAAUAAAGCACCCAGAUCAAGCAGCACUUGAACUGUCUGUUGUGAUCUACUUAAGAGCACCCUAUUCGGUACAUAUUACUUGCAUACAUUGUUGUGUCCAAUGCAGCAUUCAUGCAAGAUGUGCUCACACAAGCAGAAUUCCCUGCCCUUCCUUUCCGCUGCAGCCCUGUGACUCCUAAAAAGCUAUCCUAAGGGCCAAGGAAUCCUCAGGACAGGCCUGGCAGUUGGGACAGGGGGUGUUUAGUGAGCAGGAAGGCUGUGCUCAUUCCUGCUGCUGCCACCUGAGGCAGUAUGCUUUUGGAAACUGCAAAAAGGAAGAGUGCAACUGUGCUCAGGUGAUGCUUGCAGGCUUCAUUGAUUGCUUUUACUUAUAUGCCACUUUUCCACAACAAGCUGUGCCCAAAACUGCUUGCAAGCAAACAUUAGAAACAUUGAAAUAAAGAACAUCAGGAAUACAAAUAUACAAAAUACAAUGUCAGUAACUUUUCAAAACAAUACCAAUCAACAAUCUAGCAAACACAGAAUAAACACAAUGUUACAAAAAAAGAGAAAGCCACCCUGAUCUAGGCUUAAAUACAUAAAUACAAAGCAAAAACAAAAGUUUACUGACAGUAGAGUUUCUGGUACUGGUCUUGUUGCACUCCAAGGAGCCUGGCUUAAAGUUCAAAAAGGAGUGGUAGAUGACAUACAGCUGGCCUACAGGCUAGGUGACAUACGGCUGGCUCCUACAUCUCUCAUCCAGAGCAGACUGACAGCACCAAAAAGCAAGUGUUGGGAAGAGUGAUGAUAGUGAGUCUCUUCCCUAGCCUCCUGGAAGUACCACCUGGUGGUUCAGGUCUUAUGACUUCCAUAUGCAUCUGAUUGGCCCCUGUAAGAAUAGGAUGCUGGACUAGAUGGGCCACUGGCCUAAUCCAGCAGGACCUGCUUAUGUCCUUACAGCAACUUUUCUCACUUCUAAACCUUUCCUGUGGGUUUCACAUCUCACAUCCCUGGCCUUUUUAGGGGGUUACAAGUACUGCAUUGAGAAGGAGGAGGUAGGCAAGUGCUGCAUUGGAUACAACCCACAGUCAUCUUUGACCCCACCCCCCUUAUUUGUAGGUGAACCCUUUAGUCUCGCUUGACUGUUUAGCAUAAUUUGUUCAUAGCAAGAAACCAGGCUAGUAUGUGGGGGGGGGGGUUAAGCCACAGUUUUUGUGUGCCAAGUUCAAAAACCAACUCAAACUGCAUACUCAUUUUCUAAAGAAGCAGGGAAAUUCAAAAUAUAUCAUGCUAAGCUGCUUUCAAGACAGAGAUAUCAGAACAGAAGUUCAUGCGCACAGUCGGAACAAUAUCUCCCUUGAACACAGAGAUAUCUUAAUGAAAUUUGGUGUGUAGGUUUGCAGCAUAAUUUUGUUUGAAAUUCAGACCUCAGCAUGACUCCUGCAACUGUUUUAUGGAGGAAAAGAGAGAGACAGAAAGAGAUAAUACAAAAUACAUUUCCAUAGUGAGGCUCUCAAGCAAUCCGCUUUACUAGCAAGCACGAUGGGAGCUGUGUUUAUUGACCAAGCUUUCAGUGAGGCCUUUGUGUUCAUUUGACCAUUCAGCAUUCCAUUCGUUACUGCUUGUUGGUUUGUAAUGCGUUAACUCUCUCGAACCCUGAGACAGCAGAGUGAAAUUUGGAAUAUGCGUUCAGGAAUUAAAGUUGGUGUGUAUGUCCAGGACACAGCAUGUCAAGUUCAGAUCCCUCAGGUUAAAAGGAAAGAAGGCAGAUGCAAAGUAAGAUUGUGAUACAGAACAGGAAGAAAGGUCUCCUGAACACGGCACUUUCCUCGUUUUUUAAUUAAACUUACUUCAAAAUAUAAUGAGCACUUAGGAUCCUGAUACCUAGUCAGUGGAAGAGAUUGUCUUUAUAAUUCCCAAGCAUGUGUGAUCUUUCCUAGCCAAAUGAAAUGUUUGCAUUUUUAAGGUUUUAAGCAGCAUAGAGAAUGCAAAGAUUCCUUAAAGGAGAUAUUAAUAAAUCUGUCAGGCUUUGACAAGGGUCUAGGAACCAGGGCUUGGGGAGAAGCUGGCUGUUGGUCAAAGUGGGCCAGAAGCAGGUGUAUAGUCCGAAAGAGUUUGGAGAGGCACACACUAAAGUAGAAAUGGAGGAUCGAGAAGGCCAGAAAGCGGUCGGUAGCUAGGGAAAGCAAAGUAGGUGUCGAGAUGGAUUCAGGGACUAGAGGCUGCUGCAUGGGCUUGGAAACGUAACUUUGCAAAUUAAUUCUGGGUUGACAUUCCAUCUAUUCUUCCUUUGCAGAAAUCAGAGGACGGCGCCUCUCCCAUGUGAUGGACAGCCAAAAGAAAUGUCUCAGGCUCCGGUGCUUAUUUCCUGCGCUGACCAGUGA